GCCACCAGCCUCGUAUUAUACUGCUCAGUGUAUACACACUAUAAGGCUAUGGACUACUUCAUUUAGACUGGCAUGCAGACAUUUGCCAGAGUGAGGCCAGUGUCUGUCAUUCGUUUUUCCAGGUUCAGUGGUCUUAAACUUGAAUGAGCAACGUUUUUAGAAUGAUUCAUUAAGAGGUUAGCGUGGUGAUAGUCAGAAGCGACUGUGCUCGCCAUCUCCACUAUGGGUUCAGGGAUAGUGGUGUUUGUUUGAGACGGAUGAGAAAAUGGCGGCUUCCUGGGCGGCGUGAGAAGUAGCCAAAGACAGUACAAGCUUCUUCUAAAUUUUAAAUGAUAUUAUCUGGGUUCAAUUUUUUUUAAAUUGAGUCCCUCUGUCGAAACGUUUGAUUAGUUACAAUUAACGUAGGAACUUCAUCUCCCAGCACCAUGGCAUCUUGCUCAGUCCUGCAGCCACGGUGGAAGCGGGUUUUGGGUUGGUCCGGUCCUGUCCCUCGGCCCCGACACGGGCACCGUGCGGUUGCAAUCAAAGAAUUAAUGGUCGUUUUCGGGGGGGGCAAUGAAGGAAUUGUGGAUGAGUUGCACGUUUAUAACACAGCGACCAACCAGUGGUUCAUUCCUGCUGUCCGUGGUGAUAUCCCGCCUGGCUGUGCUGCGUAUGGGUUUGUGUGUGAUGGCACCAGGCUGCUGGUGUUCGGGGGGAUGGUGGAGUAUGGUAAAUACAGCAACGAUCUGUAUGAACUGCAGGCCAGCCGCUGGGAGUGGAAGCGUCUGAAGGCCAAGUCUCCUAAGAACGGCCCCCCUCCCUGCCCCCGUCUGGGCCACAGCUUCUCUCUGGUAGGGAACAAAUGCUUCCUGUUCGGAGGACUGGCUAACGACAGCGAGGACCCCAAGAACAACAUCCCCAGAUACCUGAAUGAUCUGUAUACGUUGGAGCUGCGUGCCGGCUCCAGUGUGGUGGGCUGGGACAUCCCCGUCACCUACGGGGUGCUGCCCCCGCCCAGAGAGAGCCACACUGCCGUGGUCUACACAGAGAAGACCUCCAAGAAGUCACGUCUUGUCAUCUAUGGAGGCAUGAGCGGCUGUCGUCUGGGGGAUCUGUGGAUCUUAGACAUAGACACCCUGACGUGGAAUAAGCCUUCUAUCAACGGAACACCUCCUCUCCCUCGCAGUCUCCACUCUGCUACAACCGUCACCAACAAGAUGUAUGUGUUCGGAGGCUGGGUUCCCCUGGUGAUGGAUGACGUCAAAGUAGCGACACACGAAAAGGAGUGGAAGUGCACCAACACGCUGGCCUGUCUCAACCUAGACUCGAUGGUGUGGGAGUCGGUUCUGAUGGACUCUGUAGAGGAUAACAUGCCUAGAGCCCGGGCCGGACACUGCUCCGUUGCCAUCAACUCACGCCUCUACGUCUGGAGUGGACGGGACGGGUACCGUAAGGCCUGGAACAACCAGGUGUGCUGCAAGGACCUCUGGUACCUGGAGACAGAGAAGCCCCGCCCCCCGUCACGGGUGCAGUUGGUGAGAGCCAACACCAGCAGCCUGGAGGUGAGCUGGGGGGAAGUACCUACUGCAGACACCUUCCUGCUGCAACUGCAGAAGUACGAUAUCCCCCCCGCCACGGCUGCCUCUUCCCCCGGCGUCAGCCCCCCGUCGUCACUACCGGUCGGUUCCUCCCCCAAGAGCCCCGUCACAGCCUCGGCCAUGUCCGUCCAUGGCCACCCUCCCCAGGGCAUCGCCCUGGUCCCCUCCCCUACCACCUCCAUGCCUGGGAGUCCACUGGCUGCACGCGGACCAGCUAUUCUUAAGGUGUCUGCUCCCCACUCCACCACAGGCACCUCCAUCGUCACGGUGAGACAGGCCAACCAGGGCGGGAAAUCCCCUGUCAUGGUUACAUCACUUCCUGCCGGGGUUCGCAUGGUGGUGCCGGCCCAGGUCGCACAGGGAACUCCAAUGGGCAGCAGCCCUCAGAUGAGUGGCAUGGCUGCGCUGGCUGCAGCUGCUGCGGCCACCCAGAAGAUCCCGCCCUCCACGGCCACCAUGCAGCUGCCAGCUGGUGCCACCAUCGUCAAGACGGUGGCCAUGAGCCCUGGCUCCCAGACUGUCAAAGCUGCUUCGCCUGUCAUGAUUAGUAACCCAGCCACCCGCAUGCUGAAGACUGCUGCGGCUCAGGUGGGCACGUCAGGUGUCGCCACACCCGGAACGCCAAAUCGGCCAAUCAUCACCGUGCACAAGUCUGGCACGGUGACAGUUGCCCAGCAACACCAGGUGGUUACCACGGUAGUGGGAGGAGUCACCAAGACCAUCACUCUUGUCAAGAGUCCCCUCACUCUUGGGGGAGGCGGCACGCUGCUGACUGCGGCCAACCAGGGUCAAAACAAACUGAUGUCUGGCAAGGACGUUCAGCAUUGGCUGUCCAACCUGUCCAACCUGGGGAAGGUGAUGUCAGUGGUCCAGACGAAACCUGGUCAGACCGGAGCGCUGACGGGCCAUGCUGGCUCCAGCCUGCAGCACAUCCUACAGACGAAGGGUCCUCUCCCGGCAGGUACUAUCCUGAAGCUGGUGACAUCAGCCGACGGCAAGCCCACCACCAUCAUCACCACUUCCAAGGCCGGGGGCACCGUGGGGGGCAAGCCCACUAUCCUGUCCUACAGCGGCGUGCCCACCUCCAAGCCGGGCACACACAUCAUCAAGACCAUACCCAUGUCCACCGUCGGACAAACAGGAGUGACUGGCAGUGGUAUGAAGUCCCCCAUUACCAUCAUCACCACUAAGAUGAUGACACCAGGCACCGGGACUCCAGGCAAGAUCAUCAGCGCUAUGCCCAGAGCUGGGGCUGGCCAGCAGGGACUCACACAGGUGGUGCUGAAGGGUGCCCCCGGACAGCCCGGGACUAUUUUACGGACCGUCCCCAUGGGAGGUGUACGUCUCGUCUCCCCGGUAACUGUUUCCGGUGUCAAACCUAACGUCACCACCCUGGUCGUCAAGGGAACCACAGGUGUGACUACGUUGGGUACAGUGACUGGCACAGUGUCGACCAGCCUGGCAGGAGGAAGUGUUGCCAGCGCUACUCCCAUCACCACCUUGGGCACCAGGACGACCCUGCCUGGACAGGUCACUGUCUCCGCAGCACAGGCAGGAGGCCAGGCCACCCAGGUGACCUUGAUCACGACCCCCAGCGGCGUGGAGGCUCAGCCUGUCCAUGACCUUCCUGUCUCCAUCAUGUCCUCCCCCACCUCCGCUGACCCCUCCUCCACGGUGACCCUGGUCUGCUCUAACCCCCCCUGCGAGACCCACGAGACCGGCACCACCAACACGGCUACCACGGCCUCCGCUAACAUGACCGGUAAUGGUGGGGUGGAGAGGGUGUGUUCAAACCCGCCGUGUGAAACCCACGAUACCGGCACCACCAAUACUCAAACGACGGCGUCCUCCAACAUGGGCCAGGUACAGCAGCUGUGCACCAACCCCCCGUCAGAGACCCACGAUACAGGCACUACCAACACCCCGACCACUGCCAGCUGUAACAUGGGGUCCGACAAGCAACAGCAAGGUUCCUGCAUAACUAACCCCAGUGGGUCUGAUCCUCCGUCCUCUCCGGCCCCCUCCUCCUCCGGAGCCCUCUCCCCCUCGUCUGUCUCCGGGGCCGUGUCUGCGCCGGGGGUGCUGCGACCGGAGACCCUGAGAACAGGGACCACCUACACCUCCACCACCGCCCGCUCUAACAUGGGCUCUGAUAAGAUGGGGAUGAGUCUCGGCUCCUCGUCCUCCGACAGCCAGAGCAAAUCGUCCAGCGGUUGUGGAGGAGGGUCCCCCCUCACCUCUCCUGUGUGCUCCAGUCCACGCUAUGAAACACACCAGACAGACACCACCACUACCUCGACGCAGGCCAACUCCAGUAUGGGCAGUGGACAGACUACAGGGACAGUGCAGAGGGUGUGUUCCAAUCCUCCGUGUGAAACGCAUGAGACGGGGAAGACCAACACCCCGUCUCAGGCUACGUCCAACCUGGCGGGAACAGGGACAGGAACGGGCACGGUCCAGAGGGUGUGUUCCAAUCCUCCGUGUGAAACGCAUGAGACAGGGACGACCAACACCCCGUCUCAGGCUACGUCCAACCUGGCGGGAACAGGGACAGGAACGGGCACGGUCCAGAGGGUGUGUUCCAAUCCUCCGUGUGAAACGCAUGAGACGGGGACGACCAACACGGCCACUACUGCCACAGCCCAGCCUGGUGACUCGACACAGGGAGACAACGGAACUACGGAGGCUCCCUCGUCGUCCUCGGCAACUACCGAGUCCAACGCUGUGACGACGUCUGGCAGAGCCUUCACCAUGGUUACUCAGUCCACGCCCACACCUGGGCCCUCCGUACCUGAGAUCUCAUCAAUGUCUGGGUUGUCUGAGGCGGUGGCAUCGGGGGCUGAAGAGGAAGAGGAGGCCAUGCAGACUGACUCUCUCCCAGAGGGCACAAUAAGGGUUGUGACCCUGGAGGAGGCUGCUGCAGCUGGGAUACAGGUCCAUGUGGAGGGCAUGGAGGAACAGAACCAGGGGGAGCAGGAGGGCCUGCCUGCAGAGCUGAUGUCUGAAGGUGGCGCUGGGGGCCAGCAGACCCUGAUGGUGACGGGUUUAACCCCCGAGGAGCUGGCUGUUACCGCUGCAGCCGAGGAGGCAGCACAACACGCUGCUACUGGGGAGGCUAACGCCCAGGCCAUGGCCAUACAGGCUGUCCUGCAGGCCGCACAGCACACUGUCAUGAAUCAGACCACCACCAUCCCCAUUGUGUUGACUCAGGCUGAGCUGGCAGCCCUGGUUCAACAGCAACAACAGCUGCAGCAGGCUCAGGCCCAGGCCCAGGCCCAGGCCCAGGCCCAGGCCCAGGCAGCGGCAGCUCAACACAUCCAGGCCCAGGCAGCAGCAGCACAACACAACCAGCCCACCGAGGGCCUGGCCCCAGCAGACAGCCUGAACGACCCAGCGUCGGAGAGCAGCGGCCAGGAGCUGGCCGCUGCAGUGACCCAGGCUGUGGCCCGCUUAGCCCCGUCCUGCACCUUGACCCCAACUCAGGCAAUGAUGGUGGCCAGCCCGGCUAAGACGCAGGCAGCUACGUCCGAGAGAGAGGUGGUCAAUGGAAUAGAGUCUGCUGCUGGGAGGCAAGGAGCUCCUCCUGCGGUGGCCAAAGCCCCGGUGAAGAAAGACAACCAGUGGUUUGACGUUGGCAUCGUCAAGGUUACCAACACGGUGGUCACACACUACUACCUACCCUCUGAAGACCAGGCCGCCGUCGACGAUGACUCUGGGGCGAUCCCAGACUACAGUCAGAUGAGGAAGAUGGACCUCCAGCCAGGGACGGCCUAUAAGUUCAGAGUGGCCGGGAUCAACGCCUGUGGCCGGGGGAACUUCUCAGAGGUCUCGGCCUUCAAGACCUGUCUACCAGGCUUCCCCGGAGCUCCCUGUGCUAUCAAGAUCAGCAAGAGCCCAGACGGAGCCCACCUGACCUGGGAGCCUCCGUCGGUAACGUCUGGUAAGAUCAUUGAGUACUCCGUGUACCUGGCCAUCCAGAGCACCCAGAGCGGAGAGCAGGCCAAGCCCACCACCACCACCACCCCAGCCCAGCUGGCCUUCAUGCGGGUGUUCUGUGGGCCAAACCCCUCCUGCCUGGUGCAGUCGUCCAGCCUCUCCAACGCACACAUAGACUACACCACCAAGCCUGCCAUCAUCUUCCGCAUCGCAGCCCGCAACGAGAAGGGUUACGGCCCUGCCACCCAGGUCAGGUGGCUCCAAGAGAUGAGUAAAGAUGGCCUUGCAGCUAAACCGUCUGCCAAGAGACCAGGCUCCUCACCUGACAUGAAAGCUGCUGGUCCAAAGAAGGCCAGAUCAGACCAGUAAGGGGUUUCCUUCCUCUCCCCUUGUUGUCCAUGAUGACUGACUGAACUGAAUACAACACCUUCCUACUGAAUACUAGACCCCAGGCUCAACCAAGACCCCAGGCUCAACCAAGACCCCAGGCUCAACCAAGACCCCAGGCUCAACCAAGACCCCAGGCUCAACCAAGACCCCAGGCUCAACCUCGACCCCAGGCUCAACCUCGACCCAAGGCUCAACCUCGACCCCAGGCUCAACCAAGACCCCAGGCUCAACCUCGACCCCAGGCUCAACCUCGACCCCAGGCUCAACCUCGACCCCAGGCUCAACCUCGACCCCAGGCUCAACCUCGACCCCAGGCUCAACCUCUACUAGCCUCAAACCCCACCAACUAUCUACAGUACCCCAUCCUGAACCUAGACCCGCCCCCAUCCUAAACCUAGACCCGCCCCCAUCCUGAACCUAGACCCGCCCCCAUCCUGAACCUAGACCCAGCCCCCA